AUGAAGGCUAUUCUGUUAUUCCUGUCGAUCUCGUGGCUGGCCAUGUGCUUGGCGACCCCGUUGGAGAAGCUCGACAAGAUCAGCGUCAUCGAGCAGCAGUCCGUGACGCUAACGGAUCGGGUAAAAUACGAGGAGGAAUUGCUGCGGAAGUUGAACUUCAAGUGCUCGCAGAACGACAUCAGCAGCUGCGUGAUGCUGAAACUGAUUACCUACAUGAACAAGCUACUGAAGAAGGCGUCGAUCGAGCUGACCGACGACAUCGAGAUCAGAAAAACCAGCCAGACGUCCGAGGAACUGACCACCUUCGAGGUUGGCAGAAGCAAAGACGACGAUUCCGAGGUCCUCGACCUUGUCGCGAACAAGGUGUACGCUUUCGUCAAGUCCAGGAGUAUCAAGUGGAGGAUCCUGCCCGAGGACGACGUCGUCGUUUCCGCUUCGGAAGACGAGAACGGGUCGUUGAAUCUUGGCCUGUCAAUUGAACGGGCGGACAAUGUUCCCGAGCAGGAUGGACGUGGCAAGAAGAACAAUAACCUUGGUCCACUGAUCGCCGCGGCGGUGCUGAAGAUCGGUCUGAUCGGCGGUCUGGCCUUCAAGGCGCUCGCGUUACUAGUUGGCAAGGCGUUGCUUCUUUCGAAGAUCGCUCUUCUCCUCGCCGGUAUAAUCGGCCUGAAGAAGCUGUUCUCUCAGCAGAAGCACGUGACAUACGAGGUGGUGGCGCAUCCUCAUCACAGCUCGAGUCACACGUUCAGCUCGGAUCAUGGCCACGGGGACAGCUACUCGAGCGGCUGGGCCAGGAGUUUCCACGGUCAAGGUCCGAUCUCGGGGCAACCCGACGCUCACGAUCUGGCCUACUCGGCGCACGUGAAGUGA